AUGCCAGACAACGGUGUUGACGACGUGCCUCGUGGGGACCAUCCUUCGACGGUCAGCAGCGUGUCGACGAUCACUCCUCCGGCACAAGCCCAUGUGGCCCCGGUCUCUUCUCUCAAGUACGAUCUCGAGAAGUCUUCGCUGAACACUUCCACCGCGGCAUCGUCCAUCUCUGACGGGAAGAGCGUGCUCGACACCGAGAAGGGCAUCAUUUCCUGGGAGGGGUACCAAGAUGACGAACUGCCCGCGAAGACGCAGGCACACUGGCUGCGCAACCUGCGUUUCCAGGUCUUUUCUCUGUACCGCAGACUCUUCGGCAUCGUCUUCGUCACGAACAUGGCCGUCUUUAUCGCGACCUGCGUUAAGGGUGGCGCGGAGGGCGCCGACGCACAGUUCCUAGGAAAGGUCGCGGUUGCAAACAUCUUCGUGGCCAUUCUCAUGCGUCAGGACUACGUUAUCAACGCUUUCUUUACCGUUGCCUGUGCGGCACCGCAGUCGUGGCCGCUCUGGAUCCGCCGCAUCCUCGGGCGCGUCUACACGAUCGGAGGAAUCCACUCCGGUUGUGGCGUCAGCGGAACGGUUUGGAUCAUCCUCUUCGCCGCACAAUCGACCCGUCAGUUCCUCAGGAACGAUCACAUUACGAUUCCCACCUUGGUGUUCACGUACAUCAUCAUCACGCUUCUUCUGGGAAUGCUCACAUUCGCGCACCCGAAAAUGCGCGUUAAGCGUCAUGAUACGUUCGAAAUGACGCACCGUUUCCUUGGGUGGACCGCGAUUGCGCUCGUCUGGUGCCUGAUCAUCUUCCUCAUCAAGGACUAUCAGGAGCCUGGCCAAACCUUGGGCCAGGCAGUCGUUCGCGCCCCUCCCUUCUGGCUCGUCCUCAUCAUGACCUUCUCCAUCAUCCUGCCGUGGCUCCGGCUCCGCAAGGUCCCUGUCCGCCCCGAAAUCCUCUCCGACCAUUGCGUCCGUCUGCACUUCGACUACGUUGACACACACCCGGGUCAUUUCACCCGCAUGUCCCUCAGCCCGCUCACGGAGUGGCACUCCUUCGCGACGAUCUCCGUGCCGGGCGAGAAGGGGUACUCCGCCGUUGUGUCACGCGCAGGCGACUGGACGAGCGAGACCAUCAGCAACCCCCCGAAGGAGCUCUGGGUGCGCGGCGUGCCCUGCUACGGUGUCGUUCGCGUUACACCGCUAUUCCGGCGCGUGCUCCUCGUCGCGACGGGCAGCGGGAUCGGCCCGAUCGCACCCGUCGUGUUCGCGCAGAAGACCAAGCUGCAGCUGCUGUGGACCGCGCCCGCGGUGCGCAAGACGUUUGGCGACAAGCUGGUGGACUCGCUCCUUGCGGCGAACCCGAGCGCCGUCAUCUACGAUACGCGCGAACACGGCAAGCCGGACAUGGUGAAGCUCGUGCACCGCAUGGUGCGCGAGUUCGACGCGGAGGCGGUGGUCAUCAUUUCGAACGAGCCGCUCACACGCAAGGUCGUGUACGGGAUGAUGAGCAGGGGCAUUCCGGCUUUCGGCGCCAUCUGGGAUUCAUAAACUGCUGCCAUACGAUUACGAUAACGGCUGGACUGCUACUCGCUUCGUAUGGGCAGUACUGUACGCGCUAUUCACGACUCGACACUAGACUGGGGAUCCCGUCCCUGUAUGUAUUCUAU